UACGCUUAUUUAAAUGUACCGGAAGUUCAACUUAUAACCCGGAAGUAGUAAUUGAAAAGACUCGACUACAACUGGAGGCAAAACAUCAAUGGGAGUCACUUGUGUGUGUCAGGUGCCUGUGGCGGAGGGGAAGAGUGUGCAGCAGACAGUGGACAUCCUGCACAAGAAACUGGAUCAGCUGGGUGCAGUGAAGCAGGGCAGCUUCUGUGUGGACUGUGAGACCUACCAUGCCACAGGAAAUGUCAGCGGUCAACCCACCAAGCUCUUAUACGUGAUGCACAACACUGAAACUCCCCUGAGCUGCUUGGCUCUGUUUGAAGGUGGACCCUGCGUCGUGGCGGAUGCAAACUUUGAUGUCCUCAUGGUGAAACUAAAAAGCCACUUCCAGAAUGCCAAGGGGCACAAGGUGGAGUGUCGUGGUUCGAGAUACCGCUACUGUGACUUUUUGAUAAAAGUUGGUACCGUGACAAUGAGCUCCAGUGCCAGAGGAAUAUCAGUAGAGGUGGAGUACUGUCCCUGUGUGAUUCCAGGGGACUGCUGGAAUCUCAUUAAGGAGUUCAUGCAGUCCUUUCUUGGUCCCAGCGUCCCUGAACUGCCGUCUGUGUUUGUCGCCAAGCCUGAAGGCCUCUUCGCACCAUCUGACAGCGUCGACACCAUGACUCAAUACCUGGAGUUGUUUAACAAACUUCGUAAAAUGCAAAUGCCAGGAAGUAAUGUGCGUUGAACUGUCACAUGUUCAUAGAGAGAGAUCUAAUUUUUUUAAUCUUUGUAUUAAUGUUGCUUUGAUUCUGGUCCUAUGGAUAUGAAUGAUAUCUAGGUAUUUUUGAAAGCCUAGGAUUUUUUAUUUCUAGAGCCUCAAUUGUGUUACACCCCCAUUUGAUAAAAACAUUUUGUAUUAAAGAGACCAAGUGGAGAAAAGUA